CACCCAUGCUUCCUUGUCGGCCAACAACGGCAACAGGUACAGAAGCAAGCGACCACCUGCAACACCACAAGCAGCCAUUACGUUUGAAGAAGAGCUGGAGCAGUUGAAGGCCAAGCACGGCCAGGCCCAGCAAGCGGCGAACCAUGCAGGCCCAGCACAGCCACCGGCGAACCAGGUUUUGCCGUGGCUGCCACCAGCGGCUUCUCCUGCCACUGCAGUGACCACCGAAGACACCAAAGCAGCCGGUGAUGCUGCAGAGGCCACUGAGGCCAAGGAGCAGCUUGCCAUGCAGGACACUUUUUGCUUUCGCCAUUUUCUGAUCAAGAGGGAUACAGGGAUUGAAAGACAUGACUUCGAGCAGGAUGCUUUCAACCAGCUCCAGACCGGCAAGAAGGACCAGGCCAAGCCCAAAAGCAAGACGAUCAAGAAGCGGCCAGCUGCGGCGAUGAAGCGGCCAGCUGCGGCACCGGCCAUGAGGCAGGAGCCCAAAGAGGCCAAGACUGCCAAGCCGAUAGAGAUUUUCGGUUGCAUUAG